AUGAAUGAUGAACUGGAAUGUUACAUAAAGCGAAAGAUCACUUCGUUGUUGAGGAUUCGAAGCGACGUUUUUAACGCCCUCAUACAGGAAGGAAAGAAUAAAGAUGAUUUAAAUUACUUCUUCCUAUCGGCACCUGUGAAGAGCACUUUGUUUUUCGUGGUACAUAGAUACACCUACGAGGAAGAAUCGGAUGAACCCGAUGCACCGAACGAUCCGGACACAUCGAAUGAAGUAAUACACCCCUCUCAAAAUGACAAGGAACACGACACAGAAAAUUCUACUGGAGAUACAAAGCAGGGGGAAAAAGAUAAAGCAGAAGAAGGGGGAAACAUCCAACGGGAAGAAAAAGCAAAGGAUAUUAACCCGGAAAGCACUCAAAUUGCGAAUGAUGAUGCGGAAAAGACGCCAAAAAGGGAGACAAGUGGCAUAAAAGGAGAAUACGAAUCGGAAAUUCCAUGCCCAUCAGAGGAAAUGAAAAAUGAUAAAGUGGAGACAAAUGUAGAGAAAAGUAAAGAAGAGAAACAGACCCAGGGUGCCAACAAGCCUAUUGAUAAUUCCACGGAUGGAGCGAAUGAGGAGGAUUUACCAAAGGGGGACCCUCCCUCCGAGGAAAAUAAAAAUGACAAAGGGAAAAAAACGAAAACACGUUACACCUUAAAAAUGAGUUUGGGCCAUAUAGAAGCUGACGAUGUGGAAGAAGAAGCAGCCGCAUCAGAAGCAUCCAACUUCCUCCCCAAUGCAACAGAGGAGAAGCAUAAUAGGAAGAAAGAGACAACCAAGCAGAUAGUGUACUUCCUAAAAAUUAAAAGUGCCCCAAAUGAUCAGAGGCACGAAAACCUGGACGAGUAUUUCAACACCAAUUACACAUUCGGAAAUUUACAUCACAAUUAUAUUAACAAUUUGAAGGCUUACUUUAAAGUAUUUUUCAUCCCCUUCUUUCAAUGUUUACUAAAAAAAAACGACGUGUUCGAGCAGAUAGGAAAGGAGACAGACCAAGGGGUAAAAAUUGACCAGGUGUUAAGCAAACUACAGCACCUUAAAAAAACGGAAAUGCUAAACAACCAAUUGGAUGACGCAAACGAAUUGAACGAAAAUAAAUAUUUGAAUAUCAUGGAGAGGGGGAAACACACAGAGAAGAUGAACGAAUUUGGCACAGACGAAAAAGCUGUCGAUUUGGUAACAAAAGGGAAAAGUGCCAACCGAAGUUAUCUCCCACCUCAGGAUAAAAUGCAAACUAAUGAAACACCCCACGGUGUGCCAAAGAAGGAGGAUAAUUUCCUCCAAAAUAAAAACCUGCUCAACUCCUUCUAUUACCUCCUAAGCUACUACAAACAAAUCUUGAAGGUAGAACAAAUGUCAUACAACGAAAUCAAUGCAGACAUAAUUAAAUUAAAAGAUGACACGAUAAACAUUAACAAUUACCUGAGAAAUAUUUCCAACAUAAUAAAAGAUUUCAUCAUCAAGGAAAAAAAGAACGAUUCGAAGAGAAAAAACGACAAAACGGCAGUGGAGUACUGGAAAGAAAGGUACCACAGAAUCUACAGCUUAAUUGAAAAAAUUAACGGCAAAAAGUUCGAACAAAUUAUAGAAAAUAUUAAAGGAAAACAAUAUAACGGCGAAUUGUGCAACGAAAUAAAAUUGCUCAUCAAGGAGGUGGAAAAUAUGCACAUGGAAUCCUUCGAAAUGAUCAAAUUUAGUAAAAUUUUGGAAAAUUCUUUUGAAACUUUAAAAUGCAAUCAUAUUAACCAAAUGAAAAAUGGCAUCAAACUGGUCAUUCGGAAGUUGAAAAAUAUAUGGCUAAGUUCAAAAUAUUUCCGGAAGGAUGAAAUUAUAAUUGCCUUCUUUGUUAGACUCUCCGAUAUUAUAUUCGAAUUUAUCCUUUUCCUAGCCAUCAAGGUGAAAAAAAUGAACAAGCCAAAGAGAAUAAAAAAGGUCAUUUCCAAAUGUAUAGACAUUUUAAAAUUCUACGAAAAGGAAUUCAUUUACGUAAAACUGGACAUCGAAAUGAUCGAUAUUCGUAAAAAUUGGUACUUUGACAAAAAUGUUAUUUUCAAAAAUAUACGACACUUGCAGCAUGUCUUGGCUACGCUAUACACUGUCUACUCAGAAAUUAUUUACUUCACCGAUUUGUGUCUUCUAAAAUUGAAAAAGCUGGUCAACAACAAGCAAAUUAUGAACAGCAUAAUAUUAGAAAUUAACAAACUCUACGAACCGUUUAACGAUGUGCUGAAGAAUAUCUACCUCUACGAUGACGAGUCGAUCAUGCAGCUCAUGAAAAGGCUGAAUGAGCAAUGCCUGAAGAUAGAAAAAAAAUGCAUCAAAAUUAUUUAUGUCCAAUUUUCAAACCUGAGGAAUACAAAAUCGACGUACCUCUUAGUGGAGAAGUUUCAAAAUUUGAAGAAGAGUUACAAAAUUGAUAGACUCCUCAUUAAGAAGCUUUAUGACAUACUAUUUUUGUACAAAAAGGAACUCUACCUGUAUAUAGACCUGUUUAACAACAUGUGCGCGAACAAAGAUCUGGACAUUUAUAAAAAGUUCCUCUUCUGCUUAAACAUCUACAAAAAGAUAAAGAAGCCAAUUUUAAUAUUCAAAAAUAAUAGCUACAUCACCACCUCUAAUGAGUACAAAAUUAUUAUUAAACUUUACGUCAACUUUUGCAAAAAAAUGUUCUCCUACAUUGUUGAGACGUAUGUCAUAUGGAAGAAUAACUCACUCUCUCAAAUGAACAAGUUCCUCUCUUCCAACAUUAUCACCAUAAACAAGCAGCUGAACUUUUUUUACGUCAUCAAUUUUGAUACCACCUUUUUUAAGACCUUAUACGAAUACGCCUACAUUGAAUCGAUUUACGAUUUCUGCACGCCGAUCGAAAUUUUGAACAUGUACAACUUAAAGAAAAAGCUAUACAGAUAUCUGUACGAGCUGAACGAAAUAAUUUUUUUCUUCAAAAAUUUUACUACCACCACUUCCACCAUUCAGCAGAAAGUCCUCAUAAAAUUCUUUCAAUGCUUCGAACAGAAACUCAUCUACAUAUCCAACAACAUCAAUUGGCUAAACUUAAACAUAGACCACUACAUAAACGAUUUAAAAAACUGCAAAAGUGUAAUCGAAAAUGUGCACGUGUCUCUCUCCUACUCGCUCAACAGUAUAGACAAAAUUAUUUACAACAUGCAAAAUGUUAACCUGGUAAGGUACAUACAGUGGGGAGACAUGAAACCCCUGCACAUCCAACCAUUUUUCAAUUAUUUUGAGGAAUAUAGAAUAAACCAAGUCAACAAAAUUUUACAAAAGUACAAAGAAAUAUCACAUAUUUUAAUUAAAAUAGAACAAAUAGUGGAAAAAACGAAGAAGGGAAGAUGCGAAAUCAUGGACGAGUUGUACUACCUAUAUCAGUGCAAAAUUUACAAGUGCCUAAGUCUUAUUAUCAUUAAAGGGUUAUGCAAUUAUGAGACCCUAAUUGAAAAUGAUUUCCAGAAAAAACUUCUACAAAACUAUAAACCUUGUCUCUACAUCAAGGAGGACAUUUAUUCGGAUGUGUUUCUGAACAACUCCAUACAAAAUAUCUUCAAGCUGAUCUCCAAAUUGUUAACCAAUUUGCUUCUAACCUCUUCUGAGUUUAUCAGAUGGCUGGACUACUCAUGCAUUGAAGUUCCGAUAUCGCUGAAAGAAGACUUCGAAUUCCUCAAAAUGAAAUUCUCCUUCUACCAAAGCGUUAGCAAAAAUAAAAUUAUCAUCGACCGGAUCAUACACAUACAUCAGUUAAUACAAAACGUUUUCCAAAAGGCCAACAAAUACAUAUACAGUUUUAUGAAUUAUGAUAAUAUUAUAAAUUCCAUUGUUAGGACGCAGAGCAGCUUUAAUAUUCACCAAAAUAUUUCCUACCCUCUCAUUUUCUAUGAUAAUAUCCUAAAAAAUAUUAGUAACAUACAAAACAAGAUUGACAAAGAAAACGAUAAAAAGACCAUUCAAUUUAUCUCUCUCAAUAUUUCCUUCGUCCUUAACUCGAUAAAGAACAAACUGCUCGACUCCAAGAAGUUCUUUUUUAACAACCUCCAUUUUAUAUUCACCACGUUGAAGUGCUCCACGCUAAGUGAAAUUACGAAAUAUAGCGGCAUCCUGGAGACAUGCACCAGCUCCAUGGACAAGUACGAGAAUAUCAUAAAAACGAUAAACACGAUAAAGGCUGAAAAUAUAAACAUCGAAAUGAAUAUUCAAAAGACAGAGGAAAUUUACAACAUGCUUACCAUAUACGGUGACAACACAACAAAGGAAGAACAAAAGGAAAAGUUGCUUCUGCUGUAUCCCCAGUACCUAAGCAUGCUCAACUCGGCCUUCUUCAACGACAAUCUGAUGUUUACCAUAAAGCAGGAAUUUUACAAAAACACCAAAAAUAAGAUAACCGCCUUCGAAGAAAAGGUGAAAAGUAUUUUGGAAAAAUUUCACAUGUUCGGACCGUCCUCGGAAAAUAUCGACUUAAGCGAAGGAAUGGAAAGCCUAAAAAAAUACAUCAACGACUUCAAAACAAUGGAAAUUGAAAAGGACGAAAUAAUUAAAGCCCAAAUUUUGUGCAACAUGAAAAUUUUCCAAUUCGAAAACUUCUACCUGUUGAAGAACACCAUAAAAAUUUACAACUCCAUCUACUCCAUAUAUAAUUCGUACACCACUAGGAUAAAUGACUUCCUAGACGUUAUAUACUACAAGCUGAAUAUUAAGGAAAUAAAUAAAUCCUUAAAGGAGGUGAAAAGCGAAUUGAUGGAACUGCAAAAGGAUCAACCCGAGGCGAAAAACAUUCUGCCGUUCAAAAAAAUAAACGAAGAACUAAACAAAAUGAACACAACGCUCAUAAUCGUGUAUCUCCUACAAAACACAAACAUGAAACUGACCAACUGGCAAGAAAUAAUAGACCUCCACUUGAAGCGAAACAACAUAAAGGACCCAGUUACCUUUGAAAAUACCAUCAUCAUUAACGACAAAAAUAUUAACAUAAAAUCGAUCACAUUAUACGAUAUGUACGAGCUGAAAAUAUACCUCUACUUUAACGAGAUCAAAUACAUUAUAUACAAAAUUAAGGAAGUGGAGAAGCUAGAAAAACACCUGAACAAAAUUGAAAACAACUGGAAACAGGAAACACUGAAAAUUAUAAAAUGCAGCGACCACUUCAUACUGGACAACAACAAAAACAUUUUUAAAAAUAUCAAAAAGACAUUUAACGAUUUGCACCAAAUGAGGAACUUAAAUUUCGCGCAGGAUUUAAUACCCAAAAUAACACAUUUGCAGAACAAGCUGCUUUUUAUUCACGAGCUGCUGUCCCUGUGGAUGCUGACCCAAGACAAAUGGGCCAGACUCGAAAAAUUUUACAACAAUGAAAAUUUCAAUCACUUCAGUAACGAAAUGAAAAAUUUCGACAAAAUAAAUAAAACAUACUUUGAGAUCAUGAAAAAUGCGAAGAAAAAUCUGAACCUAUUCCACAUUUGUAACACUCAGUUUUUUUAUUUUCUGAAAAAUUAUUACGAGCGUGUGUUAUUUUUGUCAAACGAGACAAUAAGCUUAUUGCAAGAUAAGAAAUUUUCCUUCCCGGAUUUUUUUUUCCUGAACGACGAGGAGUUGUUCUGCCUGCUCUCCAACACUGAAACGGAGAAUUUGAAAAAAUAUUGCUUCGUAAUUUACGAAGAACUUUUAUCCUUUAACGACAUAGACAAAACGAUCAUCGAAGUCGUUACUACCAAGAAUAACACGCUCAAUUUGAAAAAUGGGGUGAAGAUAAUGGGGAUAGACACCUACGUCCUCUUGAAGGAGAAAAUAAAAAGCACCCUGAAGGAAAACAUCCUAUCCAGUUUGAAAAGCUACUACAACACUAACAAGAUAAUCCCGAUAAUCAUGAACAACGUGUCUGUAGUUUCCAGCACGGUCAUAAAAAUUAUUCUGAGCGAAGAAAUAAAGAACGUGCUCCAGCAGAAAAGCGUAGAAUACACCCAGGGGAUUCUGGACAUAUACAAAGAUUUGUGCAACGACAUAGCCGAGGAAAUAAAAAAAGAAAAAGGAAAAAACACGCAGAAAAUAGAACAAGCCUUAAUUAUAUACUUGGAAUUUAUCGACACGUUAAAAAAAAUCAUCCAGGAAAAUGUAUUCGAUGAAAACAACUUUUUCCUGCACUACCAAUUUAGAUACAGCGUCGACAAGAACAAGGAACAGAUCGCAGUAAAAUAUGGCAACUACACUUUUAAAUACAACUAUGAUAUACUAGAAAAUAACAGCCUAUUCAUAAACAUGCUGCCGAAUAAUAAGUACGUGUUUUCGAUCUGUUCCAAUAUGCAUAAAAGUUACUACAACAUUUUGUGCGGGAAGAACAAAACGUCCACUAUCCGGUACAUCACAUCUACACUAGGACAAAGAACCUACUUCCUCGAUGGGAAAACACACAACAUAAGAAAUUACAUACUGGGUUCUAUUCAGAUGGGCUACGCUUUGGUUUUCCAAAAUGUGGACGAAAUGAAAGUGGAGCUAUUGUCCGUCCUGACGAACGCAUUCAGAUCUAUCCAAACAUGCCUGAAAAAGAAGGAGAAGAACAUUUACCUCUUCAGCAAAGACGUUUCGUUUAAUAGCAGCUCCGUGAUAUUCUUCACGUCAAAGUCGUGCGGGUGCAAACGCGUCCCCGCCAAUUUAAGGAGCCUGUGCAGAGAAAUUAUCCUAAACAACUGCCAACAGAUCGAACUUGUGGAAAUACUCCUCUACGUCAACAAUUUUCAAAACGUGAAAAAUCUGUGCUUAAAAUUUUGCAACUUUGUGGAGUACUUAAAUUUUAUUUAUUUCCGUUCAGAAAAUAAUGUGCUAAAUGACAUCAUCAACAUUAUACGGUUAUGCAAGAAGGAGAAUGAAGAAAGCAACACAGACGAGUUGCUAGCCAAAUAUAUUUUCAUCUACUACUACGAUAAGUUAAAGGAUAUCAAGCAAAAUGAGCUGCACAAUUUGAUCAAAAAAUUUCUAGACGUGGACCUGAAUGUGAAAUAUGAUUUGCAAGACGGACGGGAAAGGCUCAAGGAGCUGCUAAAGCAGGAGUAUAUUUAUCUGAAGGAAGACCUAUUCCACAAGUACGAAAAGGACGUGUAUGUGCUGAAGGAGAAGCUGCAUAACCAGUCCCUGUCUUUACUCUUUGGAAGACCCCACACGGGAAAGUCGACACUGCUAAAAAUUUACAGCAAAUUGUAUGGUGAUAAAUAUGGUUUCAUAUAUUUGGACUCCCUGUAUGACUCCCAGAACCAUUUCAACGAGGCCUUUCUACGCCAAGUCAUAAAGAAGAAACAAGAAAAGCACAAGGAAUACACACUUAUCAUGAAGCUCAAUUUUCUGAACCCCAUCAUAUACAAUGUGCUGUCCUUGGAUAAGUUGGUUUACCCUAAAAGGGGGAAAUUCCACGGGGAGGACGCAGAAAACGGAAUGAAGAUAAUAAUUGAGUGCAAAGACAUAUCGUCCAUGGAUCCAUACCUGCUGAACAAAAUGAACAAAAUUGCCAUCCAAGACAACACCAACAUUUACAACUAUUUUAAAAACAAAAGCUCCAAAUUGAUAGACGACAUCCUUAACACAAACUUCUUCUUCGAAAAAAACGCAGAAAAUGAUAAAACGUCCUUAACUUAUAUAAACAACUAUGAGGAAAAAAAAAAAAUUCUUCUCGAAUUGUACCAAGAGUUGAAGUUAUUUUAUAGGAAUUUCUUUCUUCCCAUUUUUCAUUACAUAGAAAGAAAAAAAGGAAAUCACUUUAACGUAAAUAAUUUUUACACAAAAGAAGAAGAAGUACAAAAUAUGACCCUGGGUGAUGGUCACGUAUCGCGCACCUGUGUCUUCCAUACCGAUGUGGAUGAAAAAGUAGUCAUAAAUAAUUUCAUCGACAUUUUUAAAAGCAACAUAUUAAUUUUUUUAAGAGAAAAGGAACUGAACCAGUUGCUAGUUAGCGAGGACGCCAACACGGAAAGUGCACAUAAUGAUGUGUCUACUCUGCCACAAAUGGUACAAACACAAGGGGGCACUCACUCCCAUAACGAAACGGAACUAACUGAACAGAACUACCAGAGAUACGUCACGAACGAGGAAUACGACUUGGAUAAUAUAAACAAAAAUUACAUAGAGAAUGUAUGUAUCCUACAAGCUGAAGCGGAAAAUAGUAAAAAAGUCGAAUUGCAUAGCAAAAAAGAAAUCACUAAAAUUUCCAUCAUUAAGGAGAAGGUCCUUUUUAUUCUUCUAAGUUGUCUCGUUUUUCUGUUUAACAAUUUUUUAAAUGAUCAGGAGAAAUCUAACUUUUUUAUUUUUUUAAAACAGUUGGCUUCGUCUAAUAACGUCAACUUUGGCAACAAUUUGGGGAACUCCUUCUACCACAUAGAAAAGGACGCGUGGAUUCCCAUCAGCGAUUUUUUUAUGUCCUCCCCGAAAAACCACCUGGACGAAAAAUUCUUAAUAUAUUACGACGAAGAAAUGAAGAAGAGGAUCAACUCGAUUAGCUUGCUCUACAAGGGGGAGUCCAACAUUUGUCUGAUCGGAAGUACAAAAAACUGCAAAACGGCCAUACUAAAGGAAAUCGUGAACAGGCACUCCAAAAUUGACCACCUCAUGAUCGACGUUUUGAAACACACAAAUGUGUUAAAUUUUAAAGUGCUAUACGAGAAAAUGACAAAAAAAAAUGUCAAAAAAUACUUCCACCAUUCGGUCCUUUAUAUCUGCAUAGACGACAUCCACAUUAAUUACGAAAAAGGCAACAACCCGUCGAUUGAAUUCCUACACAAUUUGCAAAGGAACCUGUGUUACUUCGAGAACAAGGCCCUUAGCGUCCAAAAUGUGAAGAGCAUAAUAUCCCUAAACUUCGAGCACAUGAAAAGGAAUAGCUACUACGAAUCGAUUUCCUAUUCUUACGCUUCGAUCUUUUUAAACAGCAGCAGAAAGGGCCUAGUGGGUUAUUUUAACGCGCUCGUGAAUCACACGCUGAAGGGUGCAUUCCAGGGCAUACAUACCAAGCUAGUAAAUUACAGCAUGGACGUCUUCUUCAAAAUACACGAAGACAUCAAUUUUGAGGAUAAAAAGGAAAACUACCUGCUUUUCACAAAAGAAAAUAUUUUUCUACUCUACGAAGACUUCUUCUACACCAAGUGGAAUUUUCAAAAUGAGCAGGACGUCGUCGCAAAUUGGUGCGAAAGUGCCGAACGUAUUAUUCUGAAUAGGAUCCUCAAAAAGGAGAACAGAAAGGACAUCCUCAAAACGAUGAGAACAAUCGCGGAGAAGCACUUUCAGAACCUAAACUGGGAAUGCUCCUACACCUACUUGAAUUACUUUUGCAAAGAGGUCCACGAAAAGGUCGACGCAGAUUCGCUGAAAGACGAAUUCGUGAGGAGCCUAAGCAGCUACAACAACCUCUACAUUAACACAAAAACGUUCGUAGAAUUCUACUUCAAAAAUAUAAUACAAGUCUACAAAAAUGUCAGUAAAAACAUAAAUUCUUCGAUGAUCAUUUGUAUGAACAAAAAGAGAGCCAUCAUUUUGCUAAACGCAAUUGCUUUUCUGUUAAAUAUAAAUACUGUACUGAUAAACAAGUCUAAUAAUUUGGAAACUUCCCAAGAAAAAAUUAACUACUACAACAGACUAAGAUUUAAGAGACACCUUUUCAUACUCAUAAACCAUUCCUACCAUUUUGACGAUUAUUUUUACUCCCUAAUUUAUAAAAAGUUUCCUUCUGCUCUCUUUGACAAAAAGGAACUUUUCCAUAUGUACACAAAAACGAAUUUAAUAUCCAAUGAGCUAAAGUGGGAGAACAUCCAAAAUAUUAUGAAAAAGAAUACCUACGUUUGCCUAGUUCACGAGAAACGCUUCGAUCUUUACUCGAGCAACUUCCAAAAUUACAAAAACGUCUACAGUGACUUAAACGUUAUCCACCUGGAUAGCUGGUCCAGGGACGAGUAUACGCACUACUGCCACCUGUUCCUAAAGAACCACCAAGAAAAUCACUUCAUCGAUAAUAUACUGAACAAUUUUAAAAAAAAAGCCAUCCUAAAUACGCUCGAAGAUGACAUCGAAAAGGAAGGCAAAAGCAUCACGCUUCAGAAGAGGGAAAAAACAAAAGGCAAAAAUAAGGUCAACCAAAUUUUCAUCAACUCGGAAGAUUAUAUAAAGAAAAACAAAAACGAUAACACCAAGGUGAGCGAAAAUGAAAAAGGAAAUGAAGUCGUAAGGGAUAAUGUCCUUCCAAAUGAGGGGGAAAACCAGACAGUCGCUCGUGUGGACAGCACGAUAGACGCUCAAACGGGAGGAAAAAAAGAAGCGCACCAUGGAAUGGAAAAGGAGAAUGGAAACGAACACGCUAAAGAAGAUCAUAAAGACGGUCUGAUUCAUGAUACCCAUGAUGGGGAUAACGAAACGGAAGGAAAUCUCCCCAAGGCAAAUGACGAACAAAGCGGAAGAGAUGCCCAGGGGGAGCCAAACCAAGAUGCGGAGAAAGCAAAAGACGAACUGAACAAAACGGAUGACAUCCAUAAAGGAGUACCAGAGGAGAAGAAAAAGAUAAAAAAAGGAAAAAAGAACAACCAAAGCGGGAAUGAAAAAAAGAGUGUUGUAAAAAAGAAAGAAGGGGAACAAGGCGGGAAGAAGAUAAACAGUAAAGGAGCGAAGAAUGGAAAGGAAAAUGGAAACAAAAUUAAUGUUAAAAAUAAUGAGGGAAAAUCUACGUUGGCGUCGCAAAUUAAGGCGAAAAACAUGGGUGAUAAGCCCAUCCAAAAGGGAAUAGCAGGGAAGAAGACUCCUCCACCGAAAAGCGCAAUCAGUGCUAAUGCAUCCAAACAAAACGAUAAAAAGAAGGAAAGACAACCUAUAGGAGGUUCCAAGACGAUGAAAAAGGAGAACGCGCCAUUAAAAAAGGUACCGAAGCCUAACGGCAAAAAGAGCGUAGAAAGGGAUACACAUAAUAUGAAAGGCAAACCAACACAUAAGAAAGUUUCCCAAAAGACGGGCCAAAAAAGUAGCAAAAAAGAAAUGAGCCAAAUGGACAACGCUAUGUCAAACAAACCGGUGAGGGAAAAUACAGAAUGCGAAACGGGGGAGGAUACGAAAGAAGGCCCAAGCGAAAAGCUCACGAAUGACACAACAAGGGGUACCGUUACGAGCGAUAGGAACAAUGUCCAUCCAGAUGAUGUACAAGGGGAACAACCAAAUGCUGACCCAAGGAAGGAAGAAUCCUACAAAAGCGGCAAACCUUCGGAGGGACAGGAAAACGAUCAGCACACACAACAAACAGCUGAGAAGGACGAAACGAAACACUCGGGUGAAGAUUCUCCUCCAGUAGGAGGAAACGGAGAAGCCCCAAAAAAUAAUGACUACAACAGAAAGGCAAUGCACGAAUUGAACAAUUUCAACGAAGAAGUAAACAAGCACAGUUUUUACAGCAUGAUUGAGACGCAACUAGAAAAUGUCGUGGACGUGUUCAUACAAGUAUACUACGAUUUGAAAAACUUUCUAAAAAAAAAAAACUCCAACUUAAAUUUUAUACGAAUUAACAAGUACAGCUUUUCGGACGCCCUAAUCAUGUUUUACAUUUUACUAAAAAAUAAAUUAAACUACAAAAAUAAACAACUGCAUAUGUUCAAAAUGGGGCUGAAAAAAGUGGAAAACAUAUUCGAAAAUUAUAACAACAUGAACGAGGAAAUACAGUCCAUCCAUUCGUCCAUAAAGAAAAUCGAAGAAGAAAUUGAGCAUCUGAACAAUUCCAUUAAGACAAAUUCGAAGGUACUCCUAGACACAGAACAACAGUUUAAUGCAAACCAGCAAGUGCUGAAUAAAGUCGCAAAUGACAUAGACGAAAUGAUAGAAAAUAAAAACGAGUCUGAAAAGGAAAUUGAAGAAGAAUGUAUAAAUAUCAUUUUCAAAAUUCAAAAUGUAGAAAAUAAUGAAAUAAAAAAUAUAGUAAAAAUAGGGACGCCAGAUUUAACGCAAAUGUGUAUAGCCAUUAUGAUAAACACACUGGUGAGGAACUCCUUCCUAAAUGAUAAUAACGACAAUUGGAAUUAUUUUAAAAAUUUUAUCGCAAAGGAAAAUUUUUCAAAAUUUUUUUUCAAUUUUAAAAAGGAAAAUAUAACCGAUAAGCAAGUUAAGAGGAUUAAGGAAUACAUGGCAAAGGAUGAGAUUGUCUACGGGGCCAAGAAAAUCCUCCAAACGAACAACUUAUUUACACACUUUUUCGAGUGGAUUACCUUCCUCCUUAAAUAUAAGGAGUACUACAAGAAUAGCUGCCAAAUUCAAGAAACCAUUUCAAAUAAUAAGUUAAAAAAAGAACAGUACGAAAAUGAAAACGAAAAGCUGAAAGAACAAAUGCACCAAAUUAAGUCCACCAUUAUUAACAACAAAAAGGAUGUAGUCACACAAACGGAAGUUGUAGAAAAUUUAAAUAAAAAAUUGCAAAUAAUUAAUAAAUCCUACCUGCCCAUUUUUGAAAUCAAACAAUUUCUCGAAAAGAUACAAAAAAAAUAUAUCUACACGAUUGAAAAGAUUGAAAAUAAUUAUAAAUACAUCGUGUCAGAAGUUUUGCUCUUCUCCUUUUUCCUAAAUUACUCCUCCCCCUUUAACUAUAAAUACAGAUGUUACCUCCUAAACAAAUGGAAACAAAUUAUAAAAAAAAAUAACAUCCUCAUAAGGGAGGACAUCAGAAUAGAAAGUAUCUACUCAUGUGACAGCAUCGUCUCGCUCUUCAUAUCGGACAAUUUUCCGAGACACAUUUUUUACAUUCAAAAUGCGCUCAUCUCACUGAACCAUUUUAGGUGGCCACUGUUGCUCGACCAACAGAACAUCGGAAUAGAUUGGUUGAAAAAAAGUUACAGCAACAAUUUGGUUAUUCACAAUUUUGAUGAAAAUUUAAGCAAACAUUUAGACAUGUGCAUAAUAUACGGAAAGAGCUUGAUCAUUCCAUUUUUUAAUUUUCAAAAUUUGUACAUUUAUGAUAAGAGGAAUGACGAUGCAUUCAACUGCGAUGAUCGACACGAGGACAACUUCAAACGCGUGCGGUUGGAUCUCCUCACCAAGAAAAACUUCCUCAAUUUUAAGCUAAACCGUAGGGAGAUCAAGCUGAACUCCAACUACGGCAUCUUAGAACCCGUCAUCGAGCGGAAUGUGUACUUAUCCAACGGGAAGUACUACAUCAACAUAGGCAAGAAGAAGCUGGAGUACAACAGCCAGUUCAGGCUCUUCCUCGUGAGCGACACCAGAGACAGGUACUUCCAAGACGUGGAGGACUACGUGAACAUCAUCGACUUCCAGAUCGACAAAAAUUUGAUAGUAAACAAAAUUGUAAACAUCAUACUGAAACAUGAGGACGAAAAGAAGGUCAUCAACUUUAACACGAAAAUUAGAAACUUCUACGAGACGAAGCAGACGCUCAAAUUUCUGGACGACGGAAUGAUCAUCGAGCUCUGCACAUUUAACCACAAAGCAAAUAACAACAAAAAUUUAAUGAACGUGAUAAAUAGCAACGUUCUCAAAAAAAUGGAAAUAAAAAAAAUGCUAAAAGAGUACAAACAGGAAAUUAACAGAAUUAAAAACUCGUCGGAAAAUAUAAAACUCCUGGGGUACCGAUUCCACACCAUUUAUAAAGUGCUCCAGAAACAGUCCAGAGCAAAAUCGACCUACACCUUCAACUUCAAUUAUUUAUUAAAUAUUCUGAACAAUUUAAUUAAGCACAUCAAUAAGAAAAUGCUCAUUUGUAACUUCAACCAGCUGAUAAAAAAAUUCACACACAACUGCUUUGUCUUCCUGUUAAACACGAUCCAUAAGAAGGACCACCUGUUCUUCAGCUUCCUCUUUUACUCCUCCUUAAUAUUCGAAGAGAGAAAACUGCAUCAAAUUGGCAGUUCAAUAAAAGUGGAGAAGGAAAAGUAUUACUCCCUGUUUUUACAACUUCAAAAAAUUGCAAACAUGGACGCACCGAAUUCGCACUCCCUAAAUAUAGAGUGGCUAAAUGAGAAGAAGAAAAGACAACUCCAAUUUUUGCACAACGAAUCCCCAAAUUUCAAAGCGCUCAUUCAAGACAUGAAAAAUAACUCCAUGGAAUACCUCAAUUGGUACAAGCAAAACAUGCCAGAAAAUAAUUUGUUCUUUCUAAAAAAAUCGCAACUAGAAAAGUUAGAAAAGUUAGAUGUGAUCCUAUUUCUGUACAUUAUGAGGAAAGAUAGACUCUACUAUUACAUACACUUUUUGCUCUCCAAUUAUUUGGACUUGUCUGAAAAUAUGAACAACCCCACCCAUUUAAACCUCUCCAAGGAUCUAAAUUACAUAGAUGCGAAAACAUUCAUGUACAUUACAGAACCAAACGCAUAUUAUGAUCCCAUUCUCCUCAAACAUAAAGCCACAAAAACGCUCAGCGUCGGAAAUAACUUCAAUAGUGAAAUACAAAUAGUGAUAGAAACGUCUCUACAAAAUGGAAAUAAAUUAUUACUAGAAAAUUUCCACCUAAUAAAUUUCAACAUGGAAAAAUUUUACGAAAUUUAUAAUAGUAAAAAAAUUCAUUCCAAUUUUGAAAUGUACUUAACAUCAGAAAAGGGACAAACAUCUAUUUCGAUUUUAAAAAAAGCCAUUAAAAUAUACUCACACAAAAAUGAAUACUUAAAAAAUUUCCUCACAGAUUUAUUUUCUUACGUCCAUCAUAUGUAUAAGGACAAAUUGAAAAAUAACUUUGUAAAUUCUUUUCUUUUUUCUCUUUCCUUUUUCCAUAGUAUUUUAGCCUCCAGAUGCAAUUACCAUAAUUACGGUUUUGAUGAACGUUACUACUUUGACGUGAAGGAUUUCGAAAAUACCUUCGACUGUCUUCUUGCAUAUUUCGAUUUUGUCCAAAUGAGCGCCACCUUACCUGGCGGAUUUAAUUCCUCCACACCAACCUGUAACCUUCUUAGUGAGAAACCCACCCAAGUGGAUACGCUCAUCCAGGAAGUUCACAUAAACUGGGCGUUCGUAAAGGAGAUCAUCCUAAACGGGUACGGAAACAAAGUCAACGCCAAUGAUCGGAAGAUUGUAAAGAGUUAUGUGAAGGAAUAUUUCAACGAAUACUCCUUUAACGAGAAAAACGAGUUCGUCUACUCGGCCGACGAAAACUUCGAUUACAAAUUUGUCAUGAACCGAUCGAUCAAGGAGUAUGUCAAUUUGAUUAAGACUUACCCCCUCUUCAACAGCUGCAAAACAUACGGAAUGAAAAUAGAAGCUGAUAAAAAGCAACACGAAAAGUACAACGAAAAUAUGCUCAAAAAUUUGGAAAAAAUAUGCAGCGAGGAAAUUUUAAUAUACAAGAAGGAAAACAAUGACGGCGAUAUUUUCUUCAACCUGGAUAGUGACUAUUAUUCAAGCUCGUUACUCAACACAGAUGAUGAGCAAACGGGGAAGUCCCCCCGAGGAGAUAAACCAACUGUGUGUGAAACAGAACUGCUUGAAAAAAACACACUUGAAUGUGAAUGCUCAAACGGGGCAGAGACAAAUGACGCCCUUCAAAUUGACCAUGCGUCUCAACAGGAUGAAGAUCCAACCAUUCCUAACAAGAACGAUCACACGAACGAUGAAACGAAUGAUGACAAGUUCGAUGACGCAAGGUUCUUCACCCAAACGUACAGAUGGAGCCCCGGGGAGGACGAACCCCUGAACAGACGCAAAGCGGAAAAUAUGGACUUCCUAAAAAAGAUUAAAAAAAUGAACGAAUUCUACGAAUUGAUAAAGAAGCUAAAGUGCACAUUCAAAUACAACGUCAGCAUUAAUGCAGAGUGGACCAAAGGAAACAUAACGACCAUCCAAUCAUGUUGCAAAAACGAAACAGAGAAAUUUAAAAAAAUUACAAAUUUAAUAUACAAUGAUGUAAUGAAAAUUGAGCAGGAGUUAAAUAAAAAUAAAAAAAAAAUUGACAAAGAGACCAAGCGAAUUAUGAUUUCCCUCUCCCUAAAUGAAGUGCCAAUAAAAUGGAUGUCCAAUUUUAACAAAAAAAUAAAAACCAUCGACAAUUUUCUUACAUACUACGAAAAUGUAAAAGAGCAACUCUACUUUUGGAACAUCACAGGGGAAUUACGUUUUUAUAAUAUACAAUACCUUUUUGAUCCGUUAAAUUUUUUUAAAGCCUUGUUGAUUAAAUUCAGUUAUGUGCAUAAAAAAAAAUUAUGCGACUGCAUAUUUUUGUCCAGUAUAAAUAACACCCUAGACAUGAAGAGGACAAAAAAUACGCCCCAUUUUCAGAAAAAUUUCUUCUACAGUAGUGAUGAAGAGGACGCGUUUUCGUCCAACCAGAUUAACUACUCCGAUUAUGUCCACUACGAGGUGGAUUCCUGCUGCAACGUGGAUGUGUCCGGGCUGCACACACUGAACAACAACUUCGAAUGUCUGGGCGUCAAGUCAAGGAGCAACAAAAAGUACGACGAAAUCCCCAUCGUAACGUUAAGCGUUAUCGAAAGGAGAGAAAAAAAUAUUCUCAAGGACAAAAAAAUACCGCUUUACCAGUACAAGUAUAGCUCAAAAUGGAACAAAAAAAAUAACAAAUUUAUAACAAACUUAUAUUUCAAGUCGGACAAGCACAAGUCAUUCAUUUACAUCAAUAAGGUGUAUCUGUUCGUUUAUAACUGA